GAGGGGCCCCUCCAGAGAGCGCGAGACACGCAAGCAGGGCCGCGGAGAGAACGUGCGAGGCACCCUCCUCCUGGCGCGCGCGCCACGCGAGGUCCCGGUGCCGCUCUUCUGCCCUGCAGGGAGCGAGGCAGGGCGCGCCCGGCCCGCCCUGGGCGCCGCGAGCUGCGGCGGGAGCGACACGAUGCGUCCUGUUCCGGGCCGCGCCGCACUCCUGCUCCGCGCCGUGCUGUUGGCUGCGCUGCUGGCGGCCGGCCCGGGGCUCCCCCUGCGGAAGCCGCCGGGCCCUGGACCCCGGCGCAGGAGCCAUGCGGGGCUGACGGAGACCCCUGCCUCCCUCGCUAGGGAAGAGUUGGCACUGCUGCUGAUCCCUGGAACCCACCUGCAAACCUCGAAGUCCAGGCACAAGCACCAGAUUCUUUCAGAGCCAGCAGCUCUAGCCCCAGGCAAGGCCACCCCUCCUGGGGCCCUGGAGGACACGCCUUUGCUGCUGGAGCUGCAGAAGCUGCCAGAAUUGGCUGACACAGACUUGAGCGCCCCAAACCCCAACAUCCAGGUGACUAUUGAGGUGGUGGAGGAUGCCCAGGCUGAGGUGGAGAUGGACCUGCUGGCCGAGCCUAGCAAUCGCUUGCCCCAGGACAAUCCUAGGUGGCAGCCCACCAAAGAGCUCUUCUGGCCCCUCUUCUGGGGCUACCUGGAGGGUGAAGAGGGGGCCACUAGCCUCAAGGGUGGAGCCCCCAGGAGAAAGGAAGAGGAAAAGGAGCAGCACCUUGCAGAGCACAGAGAGCCUGAGGACCAGGAGGGCAAUGAGGAUGAGGAAGAGGAGCCAUGGUCCAGCGGGGCCACAGGCCGCUGGGCCCAGCACUGGCGGGACCCUGGGGACUGGGCCUUUGAGGAGCCAGACCACUAUGACUAUGAGCCCCAGGAGGAGUGGAGUCCAUGGUCCCCCUGCAGUGGGAGGUGCAGCAGUGGCAGCCAGCAGAGGACUCGGCCCUGUGGCUAUGCCUGCACUGCCACUGAGUCCCGAAUCUGCAACCUGCCCCCUUGUCCUGGUGCUGAGGACGAGGACACUUUCCCCAGCGAGGGGUUGCAGCCCCCAGCCUACCGUACUAUGGACAUGCUUGGCCCAGAUGUGGACAGCUGUGAGAAGUGGCUGAACUGCAAGAGCGACUUCCUAACCAAGUACCUGAGCCAGGUGCUGCAGGACUUGCCUAGCUGCCCCUGCGCCUAUCCGCUGGAGGCCGUGUCCAGGGCAGUGAGCUUGCAGGAUGAGCGCCGGGGCCGCAGCUUCCGGUGGAGGGAUGCCAGCGGCCCGCGCGAGCGCCUGGACGUGUACCAGCCCACAGCGCGCUUCUGCCUGCGCUCGCUGCUGUCAGGCGAGAGCAGCACCCUGGCGGCCCAGCACUGCUGCUACGACGAGGGCAGCCGGCUGCUGACCCGAGGCAAGGGUGCCGGCGCGCCUAACCUGAUCAGCACUGACUUCUCCCCGGAGCUGCACUUCAAAGUGGACACGCUGCCCUGGAUCCUGUGCAAGGGGGACUGGAGCCGCUACCACGCAGUGCGGCCGCCCAACAAUGGCCGGGCCUGCGCUGACAACCCCCCUGAGGAGGAGUACCUGGCACAGUUGCGGGAGGCCAAGGAGUACUAAGGAAGGCUGCGAGUGGGAGAACCGCGCUCCUAGCCCUGCUCCCCGCCCUUGUCCAAGCUCAGCCAGGGGAGGUUGUCUGGUGCUGCAUAGCCCCUGAUUGUGACCUCUAGGCAGGUCAGGCACAGGCACUCCCUGGGUGUGUGGUGGGGGAGAAAGCUGGGUGUACAGGGCCGUCGGGGGGGGGGAGUUGGAAAUGUGUGUACACUCGUGUUUCUUAGGGCCUCCUCUCUUGACUGCAUGGCAAAGCUGCCACGCCUGGGCUGUCUUGUCCUGGCUGUGCACACAGGGAUGACCAGAGCAUUCCGGACACAUCCUGAUUGCCAGGAGCUGCAGCAGGCAUCUCAGACUCUCAUCCCAGCUGAGCAGGGAAUGAGGGGACAAUAAGAAGAGCCACUCCUUUCAUCUGGCCCUACAGCUGCCCCUUGCCAAGUGAUAUCAGGGAGUGAUGGCGCUUCCUUAACUGGGUGGGGCCCCUCUCAUCCCUCCCCCACUAGGAACCACUGCGGAAGGGGUGUCUUAGCUCGAGGCUGCCCCCUUCUGGAGGACACAUCAGCCUGAGACCUGAGUAGCCAGAGGGGCACAGACGGGGUCACCCAAUUCUGAUUCCUCUCCUUUAUUCAGCACCUUGUGUUCUACCCAGUAGGAGGGAUUGGCAGGGCUCAGGAUGGGCUUAGGGCUCAUGGGCUUGAGUGCCUGUAGUGAAUGCAAACCAGCAGUCCAUUCGAGGGGCCCGAUUGGGAGCAUUUGGGUAGUUUCUGUUGGAUCUAUGUGGCUGUGGUGUCACCCAACACACUGACACAGAGCUGGGAGGAAAAGGCAGCUCUCUGAGUAUAUCCUGUUCCUCUUACUGGCCUCUGGCAUCACCCAAACCACACUUCCUUGACUUUUAGGGGGAUGAAAUGUCAAAACCCCAUCUGUCCCUGUUCACUAAAAGGUAAAGGACUUGGGUUCUAGUCUCUAAACAGCUGCCCUGAAGCUCUUGGGGAUCCUCAGCAAUAAAGCACUUUAUUUUCCAGUUCUGUCUCAUGGAGGAUGGGGCGUAGGGAACCUUUGCUUACCACACAGACCAAAGCUCUCAAAUGUUGCUUUUGUAAUUGCCCAGUGCACAGCUGGCUUGUUUUGUGAAACACCUGGGCAGACCAGGAGUGGGGAGUGAGCCUGCAACAUACAUAGUGGGCUGCCUUCAAGACUAAGAGGAA